AUAUUAAUUGCUCAUUACGGAACACGCAGUCAUCAGUUCCAGUUAGGUUAACGUACUAUGUAACACAUUCAAAUAUGAAGUCGAUAUAUUUAUUAUUGUUAAUAACAAUAUUCAACAAUGGGAAUAUCGUUCGUGCCCAUUUUGAUAUGGUCGUACCCGACCAUAAAAACGCUUUUGAUCUGAAUCUCUAUAAAUCUGUGUUAGAUCCUGAAUUGUGUGAGCAACAAUUAAGAUAUAUCCAGGAAAAUGAACCGCAAAUUUUAUUUGAAUUUUUCGACGCAAGUUUUCGAACACCAAGAGGCAUACUGACUGGCAAUGUAAGGGACUUUGGAAACUACCAUCAAUGCUUACGCAUAAAUCAGGAGAUACCAGGCUCAGUUGUUGAAGGCAAAUACUGUAUGAUAAAUUUGCCAUUAAACCAAAACUGGCCCACACUACCUGACAGGCCUAACAUUACGUGGCCUGAUGAAUGGCCUGAUAUAACAUGGCCUGAAGACUGGCCUGACCUGACUUUGCCUGAAAGACACCCAAGGAUGGCAAAGCUAAAAUAUGCUGCAGAACGUUCGAGGAUGUAUCAUUUAGCAACAUCAGGCUUUGAAAGAUUCAAUGGAGCAGCUAAAGAUGACACAGGAAAUCCUGGUUCUGCUCUCGCCAGCUUAACCUUCCAACUCGGUCUUUGCUUGCCCAGAGCAUGUACCGCGGACACGGGAUUGAAGGUUUUACUCAAUACUACAGAACCCCUAGCUAUUGACUUCAAGGAAUCUUAUUAUCGUCUGCCUAGUGAUAAACUUUGGGUGCCUGGAGAAUACGUUGCUUUUUCAAUAUUUGGAAUCUUCAUCAUACUCGUCGCUUUGAGCACAGCGUACGACAUUCGUAGCACCAUUUAUCUUGAGAAAGAUCCUAAGCAGUUAAACAAGUUGCUCUUAGCCUUUUCUGCUUACACCAAUACUCAUCGUCUGGUCACUUACAAACCGGUCCCUGGUGCUUUAGAAUGUCUGGACGGUAUCAGGACUUUUGCUAUGGUUUGGGUCAUCAUCGGCCAUACGUUCGUUACUCAAACUUCCAGUAUGAUAAUGGCUAAUCCUGCUGAUGCUCUGGCUUGGAUGACGUCGCUUGAUUCCAUCUGGAUCACAGCAGCACCUAUCACAGUAGACACAUUUUUCAUGCUCAGUGGUCUUCUAUUGGUUUACACCACUGCCGGAAAGCUAACAAGCAUGAAAUUAGUCAAAAGUCUUCAUCUAUUCUACCUCAACCGUCUCCUUCGGAUGUUCCCUGCAUUGGCCGCAGUGAUUCUCCUCCAAAUCUCAAUAUUCAAUCGUGUGGCUGAUGGUCCGUUCUGGGAAGUGGAAAUGACUCAUACGCAUAGAUGCAGGGUAUAUUGGUGGUCUACUCUACUGCAUAUCCAGAAUUUCGUUAAUCCGUCGCAUAUGUGUCUCGCCCACUCCUGGUAUCUCGCAAUAGACGUGCAACUGCAUAUUCUAUCACCUCUAGUCCUGGUUUGGGUGCUAACUGGCAGAAAGAAACUGGCUUGGUCAGCGCUUGUUGGAGCUCUUAUAUCUGUUCUCGCCGCUGCAACUACUUAUAACUUUAUUAGGAACUUUCCUGCAGGUCCAGUCAUACCUUCACGCCCACAAGAUUCCGCAGAUUAUCUUACCAACUACUAUGUGAACACGCUGACUAGAGCCUCGCCCUUCUUCGUUGGAUUAAUAUUUGGCUACAUUCUACAUCUAAAUCGCGAUAGAAAAGUUAAAAUUAAUUUUAUACCAGCCACGAUCCUAUGGGUUUGUGCCAUAGUCAUAGCUCUCCUCAUCAUAUACUCGUCCUACCCUAUCAUGCAAUUGGACUGGGACAACCAGUUCGCUGAUAACAUGAUUAAUUCCUUCAUGAGACCAGCGUGGGCUAUGUUCGUUGGAUGGAUGAUCUUCGCUUGUGUUCAUGGAUACGGUGGCCCUGUCAACUGGAUCCUAUCUCACCGAGCAUGGAAGGUGUUGAGUCGGCUCUCCUAUGCCAUGUAUUUGGUUCACUACCCAAUGCAGUUCAUCAUCAACGCCAUGCCGAUAGUUCCUAUCUACUUCGACGUACGAUUCUCGUUAUUCCAAUUCCUGGCUGACUUCUCGCUGGCAGUGAUAGUUGCUUAUUUAAUUACUAUUCUCAUUGAUGCGCCGUGCUCAGUGCUCAUCAAACAUUUUAUGGGAGGAGGACCAAAAAGACCGGCCAAAGUAGCGGUAGCGGAGGAACCUGCAGAACCGUUGGAAGCCAAGAAUACAUAUAUUUAGAAUUUCACUUAAUACGUAGGUGUUAUAAUAAUUUUCUCUAUUUUGAACAACAAAGACUUAAUUUUUUGACAUAAUAAUAGGUAGGAACAGAUAUAGAUAGAAAUUAAGUUUAAUGUAAGUAGGUAAAUAAUAAGUUUCUCAAUUGUAAUAAAUUAUUAAGGUAGCAACUAAAGUGUGCACUAGGUAGGUA